AUGCAAAACUGGGAGAGUCUAAGGCCGGGAAAUACCAUAAAUAAUCCCUUCACAGACCAUUUGAAGGCCCUAAUUAUAACCACGCAGACAGCCUCUCGUGAAAUAGGGACCUGUUUGGUUGAAGCAAAGGCGGGCUCGGAACGACUAGAGAAGCUUGUGGUUUCUGCAAACUUGUCACAAACUGAAAACGAAUACACCCUGAAGCUGGUCAAGGAGAACAACGAAAAGACAAGUAGCAUUUUAGAUGCCGUCACUGACACCAUGGGAGUGGCUUCAUCACAGCUCGUCCGACUAUUCUCUCUUACUGAGCACCUGGAGGUAUGGAUCAGGACUCUCGUUCAUUACUGCAAUGAGAUAAUCGAUCUCGUCCAGCGAAAUACUGACAUGCUACUCUCAAUUCACGGUAUCGUAACGAGGCUAGAGUCAGCCAUGAGAGUGCCUGGAGUGAACUGUCCGAUUCUGGAGUUCGAGAACCCCUUUGGAAUUAAGAUGGCCCUGCCUUUUCAAAUGUGUGAUACUUGGGAGGGUCUAUGCCGGCUCCUGGUCGUCAUGUUCUACAACAAGCCGGGUCACCGCCUAGUGGAGCGACGACGAUUCGUCGUUAUGCAAUCACGGACAAAUAUGCCCAUCAAGCCAGAACACUGGUCAACAUCUAUCGUUCCAGGAGAUUCACUGAAUAUGUCAAUUCUCUUAGAGCGGCUUGGCAGCCAGUCCACUGGAUUUAGAUGUCCUAGAUGUGACUACGUAUUUGACUCGAUAUCAUCUAGUUUUAGGCGUGGAUACCAAUGCCCGAAAUGCUUUCUUUGGUCAGACACUGCUGACGAGGUGCAAUUGGGCAUCUCAUUGAUUCUAGCAGUUUGA